AUGUCGCCUGACGAAGAGUCGUUGCGAGAAGGUGACCGACCGGAUGCUUCGGGGUUUCGGCCUGGUGGGGCAUCUCCCUUGAUGCCACGGAGGGCGGCUUCACCGAGAGCCGCGGAGGGCGCAGCUGGGACUUCCGAGAAGAAGUUCGUGGACUACAGGAUGGAGGCUGCACCGGGUUGGGACGGAGAGCAGCCAGAAGUGAGAUACACAGAGCUGUCCGUCGAAGAGAUAACGGACUUUCUGGGCUACCAGCGCAUUGUGGCGACGAUCGAGGAAGCGCACGACUACCUCAAGGAUGCCGAGUUUGAGCAGGCCUUCGACCAGGUGAUCUUCAAGGGCCGCCGCCGGAGUGGUCGGAACCAGGACCAGAAGCAGCGGCUCACGGAUGGUUCGAUUGACUUCCCAAAGGAACCGCACGUUCUGGCAAGCGAGAAUGGCUACGGGGAUGACGAGGCCACCGGCGAGACCUACAUGAUCAUCGAGGAGCCGUUGCCAGCCGAGCUCGAGGAGAUCGACGCCGUCGAGUACAUCGGGGACUACCUGACCUGGGUCUACUACGAGGCCAAGGACCGCUUCGGCAAGGGCAAAGGAAAAGGAAAGGGCAGGACCGGAAGUCGCGCUCUGGGCUCCUACCUGGACCACCGCAAAGCACUGCAGGAUGCCAGGACAGGAAACUUUGAAGCCGAUGGACCACAAAACUUGCAACAGAACUUCGGGAUUACGGUCCAAUACUCGGCGGAGGAUGGGUCAGUGCCUUGCCUGGUGCCAGCCUACUUGUUGUCGGAUCCGGUGGAGCCUGCGCUACCAGUGCCAGCCAUGACUGCAGGGCCUAUGAUGGUCGACGGAAGUGUUGGUACUUUCGAAUCGGACACCCUGAACAUCAUGCGUUGCGACCCGCCGGAGCAACGGCUUCUGAUCUGGAUGUGUUACCGGGGAGACCCAGACUGCCAAUACAAGUGGCAGGGCAAGAUACCUCGAGAGCAGGUCAAUCCGGUGAUCACCGAGAUCGUGGACCCCAGCCGUUGCUACCUGUGGAAGUUUCAUGGAACUAAGGUGCCCGGGUCCCGAAAUGCCAUGAUCAAGACUCCAAUGCAGAAGCGAGUGAUUUUCAACGUUGAUGAGGGCCAUCCCAACGUCGUGGAGUUCGAGGAGGACUUUGUGCAGGAGCUCGGGAACAUGAUUCACGACGCCAUCGAGGUGACAAUGGAGAAGGGCACGAAGAAGCUGCUACUGGAGAAGAACGUGGAGGUGGGCGAUGGAGGCGAUCGAUCGGACGUCCCCUUCCUGCACGGCCUGGACAACCGCACCGAGCACCCCGUGCUCAACAUCACUGACCUCGGGACCCUCUACUCGACCUUUGGCCUCAUUGACCACGACUUCGGACCAUCAGAGUUUAUGAUUCUGGAUGAGGGCACGGAGUUCACCGGUGCCGAUUUUCAAGCCGGCCUGGACGUCUACUACAGGUCCAGAGAGCUGGCGAAACCCCGGAACAUGGACGAGGUCGAGGCCCUCAUCUAUGAAGUGUCCUGGACGCCAAGGAGCGACUUGCCCGUGCCAGUCGAUCCCGACCCCGGAGACAGCUGGAGCAGCAUGUGUUGUGGCGUCAAGGGCGACGAGGUCUCUCCUAUGGGACCAUUGGAGUGCCAAGGUCUGGAGGUUCUGCCAUGUGAUCUACUACAAGCGAAGGAGCGACUGCGGUUUGACUCUGAGAAGCUUGGCUACAUCGAUGUCUCUCAGGAGAACUCCGAAGACCGUGGUGAUCCUGAUCCCCCCUUGAUGGACCGGAAGUACCUCAAGUACCACAAGCACGCCAACAGGAAGCACCAAGUCCAGAAGUACCUCAUGUACCACAAGCACGCCAACAGCAGGCAUCAAGUCCAGAAGUACCUCAAGUACCACAAGCAGGCCAACAGCCACCAAGUCCAGGAGUACCACAUGUACCACAAGGUCGUAGUGAAGAAAUGGAGCCGGGUGGACAACCAGGCGAUUCGGUUUCGCACCUCUAACAGUGCUGGUCCCAUGUGGUCUGAUGUGAUUCGCCGUACGACCAAGGAUCUUGAAACAGGUGGGAUGAUCGAGGACCAGCAGUUUCGCGGGGAUGAUGGUGGUGGGUCAAGCACUGCGAGACCAAAGUUCAAGAUUGCUGGAAUCUGGAUGGCCGAUUGUGUGACGCCGUGGGGUGACAGGCGGAGCUUCCCAGUGGUGGCAAAUGCUCGCGACCUUCAGCUCUUCGGGAAGCUCCAGGCCAAUGAUGUGCUUUACACAUAUUCGGAACUUCACUCCGGGUGGGUGUGCCUCACCAAGAAGUCCGGGAAGGAAUUGCAGGAACGAACCCUCAACAGGGAAGAGCGCAAACUCUUCGAUGCCGCCAAGUUGACCGAGAUUCAAUAUCUUGAGGGGUCCAGUGCAAUUACCUUCAUCACGGAUCCAGAUGAAAUCCAGCAAAUUCGGGCCACGCUUGGGCAUCGACUUAUGCCUUUGCGAUUCACACUGAGGAAGGAACAACAAGAAAUCGGGAUGGCCUGGAAAGCGAAAGCGAGAUGGAUCUUGCUGGGGCAUCGCGCUCCAGAUGCCCAGGAGCUCGAAAGAUAUGCUCCUACUCCGGCAACGCCUACCGUGUACCUCGCCUUCCAGAUCAUCAGCGGAAACCCUCGACACGGUGAGCUCAUGGAGCGCUUGCGCAGCCGGUUCAAGUUCGGAAAGUAUUCGCAUCUCCAUGGCCGGUACAUCAAUGAGAAGCUCUCGCCGGCGAUCCUCCCGCGAGACCCUAUCAAGGACGAGGAGCGCGUCUUGGACGAGAACGAGACCACCUUGUUGAGAGGCGCUGGCGGUUCACUGCUGUGGGUCGGUUGUGAGGCAAGGCCUGAUGUGGCAGCUUCCUGUGCAAUGGCCAUGGCUUGGGGAAAAGGCGGCCCCACUGUCAAAAGCGUCAAGCAUUGCAACAAGGUGAUCCAGGAGUUGCGCAACACCAGCGAGAUCUACCUGCGGAUUGUCCCGACUGACCUCGAGGGAUCUGGGUAG